AUGUCUCGUCCACCGGAGCUGGAUCGCAACCAGGAUGCCACCUGCUACAUCGGCAACAUUGACGACCGCGCCACCGACGCCAUCGUGUGGGAGCUCAUGAUCCAAGCUGGUCCCUUGGUCAACCUCCACCUUCCCAAGGAUCGCAUCACCCAGUCUCACCAAGGAUACGCGUUCGCCGAGUUUCAGACCGAGCAGGAUGCCGACUAUGCAUGCAAGGUCAUGAACGGUCUCAAACUCUACGGCAAACCCAUCCGCGUCAACAAAGCUUCCAACGACCGCAAGCAGAUCGACAUUGGGGCCAAUCUGUUCGUCGGCAGUCUCGAUCCCGCUGUCGACGAACGCCUGCUGUUCGAGACCUUCUCGGCUUUUGGAGGCAUCAUCGGCUUGCCCAAGGUUGCCAGAGACCCGACGAGCGGAGAACCCAAAGGAUUCGCUUUCGUCUCUUUUGACAGCUUCGAAGCUGCCGAUGCUGCCAUACAAGCACUCAACGGACAGUUCCUGCUCAACAAGAACAUCACCGUCGACUACGCCAUCAAGAAAGACAGCAAGAAUGGCGAACGACACGGCACCGCUGCGGAGAGACUGCUCGCUGCUCAAGCUCGAAAGAACAAUGCUCUGCCAACACAACCCUACCCACAGCAGCUGGGGCAGCCACCACGUCCGAUGGGCGCUCCUUACGCUCAGCCACCUGGUGCUGCACCUACGGUACCUCCCAACGCCAACCCUCAAGCCGGAUGGAGUACGUAUGCGCAGCAUCAACAGCAGGUUGCGUAUCCUCCGGAGGUACCACAGCAGCAGCAGCAGCACUACCCACAAAAUCCACCUGCCAUGCACAUGACUUCCGGCGCUCCGCCUGCUUAUCCGCAAUAUCAGCAGUAG